AUGGCGAAUCAUCUACACGAAGACACACCCCCGCCUUUCCUCAGCAACUGCCAAUACCAGGAAACGCCUCAAAAAACAAAAUGGUUUAAAUCACGAGGCGAUUCAAGAAUGCCCCUACAUGGAUCAAGUUUUGAGCGAGGUUCUCCGGAUUUAUCCCCUAGACUCAACGCAAGUAUAUUGCUGAAUUAUGCAUGGAAAAUAAUGAGGAAAUCAAGAAGUCACCGAUUUUUUUCUCUCUCCAGAAUCGACCGAGAAUGUACGAAGUCUUGCGAAAUCAAUGGACUGCAAUUCAAAAAAGGAGAUGCAGUGGUCAUCCCCAUGUGGUCCAUUCAACAUAAUGAGGACUAUCAUCCUGAUCCAGACACUUUCCGCCCUGAACGGUUCGCACCGGAAAACAAAUCGAAAAUGGUCCCAUAUACAUACUUUCCCUUCGGCCAAGGACAAAGGGCUUGCAUCGGAAUGCGAUUCGCUUCAGAACAAGCUAAGCUGACCCUGGGUCACUUUAUCCUGUCUUUCAAACUCUCCAAAUGUUCUAAAACAUACAUGUGGCUGCGCAACCAAGAUGGGGACACCACAAAAGGGGACAAGGGAAAUGCCCGCAAACCAGACAUGGUGACCUUGUCUGCUUUGGAGCAAAUGUACGAUGGAAAAGCUCCAUUGCUUUACGUCAGUGAUCCUGAGGUCAUCAAGGAAAUAUUUGUGAAAAAGUUCGACUGUUUCGCCGACCACCAGCAAUUUUCAGCGGGUUUCGAUCAGGUGAAAUACAUUCGAAAAUUCCUCUUCGUCAUAAGUGGCCAAGAUUGGAAAGAUGUAAGAAGCUCUGUUACUCCAGCUUUUUCAAGCGGGAAAAUCAAGAAGCGCACAGCAGAACCUCUUCGAUUUGGCAGGCAAACAUACUCGAAAAAGAAGCCGAAAACGCAUAGAUUGUAUCUGGCUCUGAAGAAAGAAAAAGUAACUCUGGAUGUGAUUGCGAGAUGUGCUUUUGGGACAAAGUUGGACAACUUGGACGACCCCAAUAAUCCAUUUGCAGUCAACAGCGCCAAAGCUUUUCGACCGCCAUUGUUCGACAGCGCUUGGAGUCUCAUCCCAGACCUUUUCCCGUGGACGCAGAUUUUUGGGCUUGAGGCUUUUAUAAGCCGAGAUUCAAUCGAGUUCUUUGUCAAGACUGUAGAAGAGGUCAUAAAAUUGAGGAAAGCUGACGGUUCU